AGAAGCACCAAAACAGUCGUGGCGUUUCGAAAUAUUACAAAUUAAAUUAAAUUUAUAAAAACUUUUAAAUAACACAAACAUACUUCUGAUGUUACAAUGUAGUAACGGAGUUAGCUAAAACCUCAAAUUUUUCCUUCUACAAAAUUACGUUGUCAUUCUUCGUACUAGCACAGGUACUAGUACAAACCUCUGGAACACAACAAUAAACAUAACCUCACUUCCUCCGUACAAGAAACGUAAUUUCGUUUUUCGAUUCAUUUGUGUUCCGAUUAAUAAAAUAAAUAUUCAUCAGAAUGGAAGAGCAAGAAGAACACAAUGAACCAAUGGAAGUCAACUCGGAUUCAGACAGCUCCAGUUCUGACGAUGAAGCCGAGCAGGCACUUAUUAGCAAAGCUGAAGAUUUAGAGCGACAAAUAUCUGAUAAUAAAUAUUUGUACAACGCACACGAGGAACUGGUUAAUUUGUAUCGACAACUUGGAGAUUUAGCUUCGAUGCGGUUGGCUUAUGAGAGAUUCCAUGAAUAUUUUCCGCUCACACCCGAGAUUUGGCUUGCGUGGAUUAAUGAUGAAAAAAGGUUGGCGAAUUCUGAGAGUGAAGUCAAAUAUGUUUUUUCAUUAUUUGAAAAGGCCAUGGAGGAUUAUGUCUCUGUCACUUUGUGGAUAGAAUAUGCCCAAUACUCCAUAGGUGCUAGCAACUUGGACACCACGCGACAAAUCCUAGAAAAAGGUCUAACAGCAGCCGGGUUACACACUGCCGAAGGUAGUCUCCUAUGGGACACCCUCAAAGAACUAGAGUUGGCUCAUCUAUCCAUAGCACAAGAAGAUACAGACGAAUGGAAAGAACAACUUUCGCGUGUGGUAGAGGUCUUCCGACGCCAACUCUCCGUUCCGCUUGUAAACAUGGAAAAAACUUACGCAGAAUGGAAAACUUUGGUGGAACAACUCCCCAAAGACCACACUAUUAACACAGAAGCAGUAGAAUGGGGAUACAAGAAAGCUUUAAAAGCAUUACAAAGCUACGCUCCGUUCGAGGAAAAACUUUUGCUAACUGAAGACGAAACAGAAGUGCUACAAGUGUACAAAGACUAUAUCAAAAGUUUGUCAGACCCUUCCACCAUCCUAUGUGUUUACGAACGAGCCGUGGCAAAGAUGUGCCUGAACAUCAAUAUCUGGUUGGACUAUUGUUUGUAUACUCUCAAACUAGGAGACACCGCUGCAAAAGUUAGCAGUAAAGCGUUACGAAAUUGUCCUUGGAGCGAAGACUUAUGGGUUAUGAGGUUGAGAGUCCUCGAGCAUCUAGAAAAAGAAGAGAAGGAAGUAAUGGCGUGUUUCGAACAAGGUAUAUCUAAUCUGGGAGUCAACCAAGGCACAGAAUUAUGGUUGGCGUACCUUGAAUAUGUAUACCGCAACUCUACUGACAAAGAAAAGUUAUAUAAAACUUUUGACCAAGCCCUUAACCAGCUACGGUACCAAGAUGAAGGUGUGGCUAAAAUAACGAAAUGGUAUGCCAGAAUUUUGGCAAAGAACGGCGACAUGGCAGGAGCCAGACGCUUGUGGAAGAACAUUCUGAAAAACCCACAGAAUAAAAGUGCUGCGAACGUCUGGCUUGAAUAUGCUAACUUAGAAAGACAAUACGGGGAACCAACCCAGUUGAGGAAUUUGUUUCAAAGAGCGUUGACGAGUUGCACAGAUUGGCCACAAUACGUGGCAGAAGAAUGGUUAAUGUUUGAAAGAGAAUGUGGCAAGUUGAGUGAUGUAAUGAAGUGCAUCGAGAAACGUAACGAACUUGUCAAAGUCGAACCCCCACAAGUGCAAACUACAAGCGAAGAAGCGUCUCAAAAAGGUACAAAACGAAAGAGCAACGAAGAAACAGCAACAGACUCCAAAAAGCAAAAAACCGAACAGACUUCGCCGAAAAAGAAAAUUUUAAAAGAUCCCACCAGAACUGUGUUCGUGAGUAACCUCCACACCAGUGUCAAUGAAAAAAGACUCAAGAAGAUGUUUCCGAAUUCUGUCAACAUUGAAGUCGUAAUGGACCGCAAAGGUAAAUCUAGAUGCUACGGUUACGUUCAGUUCAACAUGGAGGAAGAAGUGAUGACUGCGCUAGCCAGAGACAGAGAACCCCUCGACGGGCGACCGAUUUUUAUCUCGAACUGUAAGCCAGACCGCACCGAACGGAAAGCGGGUUUUAAAUAUUCGGUCGAAACGGAAGAUAACAAACUUUUUGUUAAAGGUUUACCGUUUGAUAAAACGGAAGACGAUAUCAAAGAAAUUUUCAAAUCGUGGGGCGUUAAAGAGGUGAGGCUUGUUCGGCGGCGGAAUGGACAGUCAAAGGGUUUGGCUUAUGUGGAGUUUAAUGACGAGAAUAGUGCGAAAAAAGCUAAAAAUAAAACAGAUCAAAUGAAAAUUGGGGAAAACACGAUCACGGUUGCUAUCAGCGCACCACCUCCCAAGACACCAAACGUGCCAAAACCGACAGGUCCAGUUCGUCAUGCGAGAAGCAAAUUACAGAUGCCUUUGAUUCCUAGGGCUCUUCAGGUGAAAAGUAGCGACACAAGCAAUGGAGAGGCUAAACCGGUUCAGAGUAAAAGUAAUGAAGAUUUCAGAAAUAUGUUACUUAAUAAAUAGGUAUUGUGCCAGAAGAAAUAAAGUUUUUAGUUGCU